AUGUACUCGUCUUCGAUGCUCGUUGCGCUUUUUGCGCUCGUCAACUCCUUGCCUGGAGCACUUGGGGGCUUCUCGUCGACUGCGACCGGAAAUAUCGCCAUAUACUGGGGACAGAACUCUGCGAACCAAGUCGGUGGUCAGCAGCGCCUUGCCUACUACUGCCGCAACACAAACGUCAACACUAUUCCUCUGGCAUUUCUCAAUGUGAUUAGAGACACUGAGAUGAAUUUUUCGAAUGCUGGAGACGAUUGUAGCAUUUUCCCUGGCACCAAACUGAUCAAAUGCACUCAGAUUGAAGAGGAUAUCAAGACCUGCCAGUCCCUCGGAAAGUCCAUUCUUCUUUCCAUUGGCGGCGCUACUUACUCUGAGGGCGGCUUCAGCUCCCCGGCCGAGGCAAUCAGCUGGGCCGACCGUCUCUGGGCCAUGUUUGGCCCAGUCUCCAACUCAGACAAGCGCCCCUUUGGCACUGCUGUUAUCGACGGUUUCGAUUUCGAUUUCGAAGCCGUCGCCCAGAACAUGGUCCCCUUCGCCACUCGUCUGCGCUCACUCAUGGACUCCGCCGCUGCCACUUUCGGCAAGAAAUUCCUCUUGAGCUCAGCACCACAAUGCCCUUUCCCAGAUCGCGCUAACAACGACCUUCUGCAAUCUGUGGCAUUCGAUUUUGUCUCUGUCCAGUUCUAUAACAACUACUGUGGUGUACACACCUUCCAAUUUGGCUCCCCUAGUCAGAACAACUUCAACUUUGGCACUUGGGACAACUGGGCCAAAACCGUCAGCAAGAACAAAGAUGUGAAGAUCCUCCUGGGAGUCCCGGGCAGCUCGUCAGCUGCAGGUACCGGAUACAUUGCUGGAAGCCAGCUGGCCAACGUAAUCAAGUACGCCCAGACGUUCUCAAGCUUUGGCGGCGUCAUGAUGUGGGACAUGAGCCAAGUCUGGGCCAACGCCGGCUUCCUCGACAGCGUUGCCUCGGCCCUUGGCUCAACCGGCGGAAGCGGUGUCGGUAUAAUCCCGACGAUUGAAACUACCUCAUUGCCUGGUUCCACCACGACUUCUUCCACGCCCGUAGUGCAAACUGCCACUACCUGGGUUACGGUUACGAUCUGGGCUACAGCCACGGUCAACGGCCCCGCGGCGACUGCUAAGAGCACGUCGACUACGACACUGUGGGCUGAAAGUACGACAGCUAUCUCUGCGCCUACUCCGGCUGCUGGGCUGGUCAACCAGUGGGGACAAUGCGGCGGAAAUGGCUAUAAGGGCCUGACCUCCUGCCGGGCUCCGUAUAGCUGUGUCAAGCUCAGUGACUGGUGGUCACACUGCAAUUGA